UUUCAGGGUUGGUUAAAAACCUAUGGCUACUUACUUCCAUCUGACAGCCAAAUGUCUGCCUUGCAGUCGGGGAAAGCUGUGCAGUCUGCAGUUGCCACUAUGCAACAGUUUUAUGGGAUCCCAGUAACAGGAGUUUUGGACCAGACAACUAUUGAGUGGAUGAAGAAGCCUCGCUGUGGAGUUGCGGAUCAUCCCCACCUACGCCAUAGCCGGAGGAAAAAGCGGUAUGCACUAACUGGACAAAAGUGGAGGCAGAAGCAUAUAACCUACAGUGUACACAACUAUACCCCCAAGGUUGGAGAGAUUGAUACGAGGAGAGCCAUUCGUCAGGCAUUUGAUGUUUGGCAGAGAGUGACACCACUUACCUUUGAAGAGGUCCCUUACCAUGAAAUUAAAAAUGACAGAAAGGAGGCAGAUAUUAUGAUAUUUUUUGCUUCUGGUUUCCAUGGAGACAGUUCUCCAUUUGAUGGAGAAGGUGGAUUCCUAGCUCACGCUUACUUUCCUGGACCAGGAAUAGGAGGAGAUACUCACUUCGAUUCGGAUGAGCCAUGGACCCUGGGAAAUUCUAAUCAUGACGGGAACGAUCUCUUUCUGGUUGCAGUCCAUGAGCUGGGACAUGCACUGGGUCUGGAACACUCCAAUGAUCCUAGUGCUAUCAUGGCUCCUUUCUACCAGUACAUGGAAACACACAACUUCAAACUGCCCCAGGAUGACCUCCAAGGAAUUCAGAAAAUCUAUGGUCCUCCUGUUGAGCCCCUGGAGCCAACCAGGCCUUUACCGACUCUUCCUGUUCGCAGAAUUCACUCCACUUCGGAAAGAAAACAUGAGAGACAGCCAAGACCUCCUAGUCCUCCUCUGGGUGAUAGGCCAUCUUCUCCUGGCACGAAACCGAACAUCUGUGAUGGCAACUUUAACACCGUGGCUCUCUUUAGAGGAGAAAUGUUUGUUUUCAAGGAUCGCUGGUUCUGGCGUCUGCGCAACAACCGAGUGCAGGAGGGAUAUCCCAUGCAAAUUGAGCAGUUCUGGAAAGGCCUCCCCACAAAGAUUGAUGCAGCCUAUGAGCGGUCUGAUGGAAAAUUCGUUUUCUUCAAAGGAGAUAAAUACUGGGUUUUUAAAGAAGUGACAGCAGAGCCAGGCUACCCACACAGCCUAGUAGAGCUGGGGAGCUGUCUGCCCCGGGAAGGCAUCGACACGGCUCUGCGUUGGGAGCCAGUAGGCAAAACCUACUUCUUCAAAGGUGACCGGUACUGGAGGUACAACGAGGACAAGAGAGCAACAGACCCAGGAUACCCAAAGCCCAUCACUGUGUGGAGAGGAAUCCCUCAGGCUCCACAGGGAGCUUUUAUCAGCAAAGAAGGCUUUUAUACCUACUUCUACAAAGGGAAGGAGUACUGGAAGUUCGAUAACCAGAGGCUGAGUGUGGAGCCAGGCUACCCCAGGUCAAUCCUCAAAGACUGGAUGGGCUGUAACCAGAAAGAUGUUGAACGAAGCAAAGACAGACGCCUCCCCCACGACGAUGUGGAUAUUAUGGUGACAAUAAAUGAUGUGCCUAGCACUGUAAAUGCAAUUGCAGUUGUGAUCCCUUGCAUUUUGUCUCUGUGUAUCCUUGUCUUGGUAUACACGAUCUUCCAGUUUAAAAACAAAGAGGUGCAGCAAAAUGUUGUGUAUUACAAAAGACCUGUCCAGGAAUGGGUAUGACACAGCCCGCUGCACAUUUCAGGUCAUUGAUCUGAUGAGGACUAUGGACAAAAGAAAAAAAAAGGAAAAAAAAUGC